UUUUAGCGCGCUGGUAUCGGAGGUAUCGACAUUUCGGCAUCGACCGAGGCAUCACUAGAACACGACGAAGAAGAAGAACAGAAACAGCGCCAUUUCACUUUUCAUUCAUUUCUCUUGAGGCCUACAUCCCUUUAUCGGGCGUAACGGGGGCUUCACCAUGGUGAAAAUAUUCAUCGGCAACCUGGCCUGCAACACCACGGCCGAGGAGCUGCGGGAGCUCUUCGAGAAGCACGGCAAGGUCACGGAGUGCGACAUCGUCAAGAACUACGGCUUCGUGCACAUGAGCAGCAUGGCGGAGGCCGAGGAGGCCAUCCAGAACCUCAACCAGCACCAGCUGCACGGCUGGCGCAUGAACGUGGAGAUCAGCAAAGGGAGGCCCAAGUCCUCCACCAAGCUGCACGUGAGGAACCUCGGCGAGGGCGUCACCAGCGACCUCCUGCGGGCCAAGUUCGAGGAGUUCGGCCCCGUGGUGGAGUGCGACAUCGUCAAGGACUACGCCUUUAUUCACAUGGAGCGAAUGGAGGACGCCAUGGAGGCCAUCAGUAAGCUGGACAACUCCGCCUUCAAAGGCAAGCUGAUGAACGUACAGCUGUCCACCAGCCGUCUCCGCACCGCCCCGGGAAUGGGAGAUCAUACCGGCUGCUUUGUCUGCGGGAAACACGGCCACUGGUCGAAAGACUGUCCGGUCAGUCGCGACGGUAACCGCGGCGAUGGCAUGAGAGGUCGCAGCGGCAGCGGCGGCGGCGGUGUUGGUGGUGGCGUUGGCGGCGGUCGCGCCCCCCCACACGGGCCCCCGGGCUACGGCCGGGGCAGCUACGGGAUGGCGUCGCCUCCGGCGGCUGAUUACAUGGGCGGCUCCGCGUAUAGUCGGGGUAGUUACGUCGGUGGGUUGCCUCCGCCGCCGCUCCCCCACCUGCCCCCGCCCCCUCAUAGGGUUAGCGGCUACGGCUCCGACCCCUCCAGGGCGGCGGGCGCCUACGGCGCGUCGUCGCCGUACGACCGCCUCUAUAGCAGCGUCGACUACUAUGACAAAUUCAGGGCUCGCCCCUACGGCUCGAGCUACUUCGAGGACCGCCGCAUGUCCUACAUCCCCCCUCCCCCGCCUCCCCCUUCUUCCCUCCCGCAGCUCUCGGCCAAAAUGGAUCCGUACGACCGCCAGCAGCCGCCUAUGCCGCCAUCGGCCGCCGCCGCCGCCGCGUACUACGCCCGGGAGCGCAGCCCUUCCAGACGGGUGCCGGUCUCUUCAUCGAGCCACAGCUACGAGCGAACGCGCCUGUCGCCGGUGUCGGCCUCCAGAGGCUCCUACGGCGUCGCACGGCCCAAGGAUCACUACGCGCCGCGCUACGCCCCCUACUGAGGCCGCGGCGCAGAGGUCUGUUUGUGAACUGCAGGACGUUUCCUUUUCCGUAAUUUCUCCCAAGGGUGAGAACCAGAAAUGUGAAAAUUUUGAGGCGUCUUCCAGUCGCCCCCACGAGAGAAGCCACUUUUCCUGCCGACGAAUCGUCCUUCCUUCGUGUUCACACAGCGAGUUUUGGGAAAGGAUGCCCCGUUUAAACAUUCAUGGUGUAGAAAAACAACAACUUUCUAACUUCCUCCGCAGGGUUUUCUUUUCUUUUAUCACUUUUUAGCCUCGUCUUUGUUUACUUACCAAUUUCUUUGAAGCUAAUUGUUGAAAAUCUGUUAAUUGUUUGGCUUCUUCUGUUCUUAUUUCUGCAAUGUAAGAACAUUUACCUUAUUUUAUAUAUAUAUAUAUAUUAUUUUUUUAAUGGGGUUAACUCGGCUCGUAGCAAAAUCUGAUCUCGCUUCUCCGCAGCUGAACCACUGCACUGUUUUAUAACUGAAGCUAUAAAAGCUGCGUCUGGGUUUGUUUUCUCAAACAAGCUGCACAUCUGGAGAAAUCACACAACAAAAAACAAGAAGAAGAGAAAAGGUUCACCAUUUGCAUCCAAGAAUAUUCUGUGUAGCUGAAACCAAACCUUACUGCAUUAGAAGGUGAAUCUCACAAUAAGCUGAAAUAUGAACUAAUAUAUUCUUUAACCCUUCACGAGUCAACAUCCACAUAAAAGUCCCACUUUCCUGAGCUUUGUAGCAGCAGAUAAUAACGAUCAUGUGUUUAACGUCGGUCCUGGGAGGGGGCAGAUACACGAAUGUGAGGCAGGACUCAGGUCAUGAGGCGCUUUUGUUUUGUUGAAGGUGCCUUGUUUGUUUUGCAUAUAGGUCGAUUUGAAGUUUGUAUUUUUCAUACUAGCUGUACAAAAAAACAACACACACACAUAUAUAUAUAUAUACACACACACACCAGCACCGUACAUUUAAAAAAAAAAUCUGAAAAGUGUAUGAUUUUUAAUAAAGCCGAUGUUAUUUUUGA